GUGAAAUCCACUCUUCCUCGUCUUCAUAGAUCCCAAAACACUCCACGGCACCGGCGACGGUUCCGAUAACGAUAGCUCCGGCGGCGAAUCAAAUGAUUCUGAAAACGGCAUCGUUUCUCUAACUUUGAUCUGACCGUUAAUGGAGUUCACCGAGGCUUACAAGCAGACCGGUCCUUGCUGCUUCUCCCCCAACGCUCGCUACAUUGCCGUCGCCGUCGAUUACCGCCUCGUGAUUCGCGACACUCUCUCCUUCAAGGUUGUACAGUUGUUCUCAUGCUUGGACAGGAUAAGCUACAUCGAAUGGGCUCUUGAUUCUGAGUACAUUCUUUGUGGUCUAUAUAAACGACCAAUGAUACAGGCAUGGUCGCUGGCCCAACCUGAAUGGACAUGCAAGAUAGAUGAAGGUCCUGCCGGAAUUGCUUAUGCUAGGUGGAGCCCAGAUAGCCGUCACAUACUUACUACAUCAGACUUCCAACUGCGCUUAACAGUUUGGUCUCUCCUAAACACAGCAUGUGUACAUGUGCAAGGGCCUAAGCAUCUGUCAAAGGGGGUUUCUUUUACCAAAGAUGGGAAAUUUGCUGCAAUUUGCACAAGGCGCGAUUGCAAGGAUUAUAUCAAUCUUCUUUCUUGUCAAACAUGGGAAAUAAUGGGUGUAUUUGCUGUGGACACAGUGGACUUGGCUGACACUGAAUGGUCACCUGAUGAUAGUGCAAUAGUGAUAUGGGAUUCUUCUCUAGAAUAUAAGGUUCUAAUAUACUCUCCAGAUGGAAGGUGCCUAUUUAAGUAUCAGGCAUAUGAAAGUGGAUUGGGGGUAAAAACUGUUUCAUGGUCUCCCUGUGGCCAAUUCCUAGCAGUGGGUAGUUAUGAUCAGAUGUUGCGGGUUUUGAAUCACCUGACAUGGAAGACUUUUGCAGAAUUUAUGCAUAUGUCUACUGUUCGUGCUCCCUGUUGUGCUGCUGUCUUCAAGGAAGUAGAUGAGCCACUGCUACUCGAUAUGUCAGAGUUAUGCUUAACUGAUGAUUUUGACCGUGGAAAUAAUGAAGCUGCUUCGGAAGGAGGCAUCAGAGUUAGGUACGAGGUUACAGAAGUUCCCAUCACUUUGCCUUUUCAGAAGCCCCCUGGUGAUAAACCUAACCCAAAACAAGGAAUUGGUCUACUGGCAUGGAGCAAGGAUAGCCAAUAUAUCUGUACUCGCAACGACAGCAUGCCAUGUAUUCUCUGGAUAUGGGACAUCCACCAUCUUGAACUCGCAGCUAUCCUGGUGCAGAAAGAUCCUAUUCGAGCAGCAGUUUGGGAUCCCACAUGCACACGUCUUGUUGUUUGCACUGGAAGUUCUCAUUUGUACAUGUGGACUCCUGGAGGUGCUUACUGUGUGAGUAUCCCACUACCACAGUUCAGCAUAGUUGACCUGAAAUGGAAUUCAGAUGGAAGUUGUCUUCUUCUGAAGGACAAAGAGUCAUUUUGCUGCGCUGCUGUUGCUGUGCUUCCUGAAGAAUCAAGUGAAUAUAGCUCCGACGAUUGAGGUUGGCAACUUCUCAAUAGAUUUAACCAUCAGUUUCUGCAACCAUGUGAAGUAACUUGUGUAAUUAUGCAUUGUAACAAGCUCUAUCUAUGUAAUGUUGUUCGUCUCGCUUGAGUGUUUCACUUGCUGUAGUGUCAUCUCUAGUUCUCUACCCUAUUGCCUUUUCUUUUGUACACUCCAUUGAUGAUUAGUGGAUAGUUGUAGUGGAGAAGAACGAAGUUAUUUUACAUUAUUAGUGCAUUAGUGCAAUAGCAUGGACUUCUCCCCAAUGCUAAAACUUUC